GGACCGUGAAGCUGUGUUUGCAGUGACCUGGGGCACCAGGGAACGACAGAGGUACCGCAGGGGUCUUCAAUACCUACAAGUGACGGUAUGUAUGGAGCCAGCUCAUGCAGAUGUCUGCUCCAACACCUCCUGCAUUUUUCUUUCCAGUUCCGUGGCCCUGACGAUGGAUUCCCAGAGCACCCCCUUUCCUGCCAGCCAGCUCACAGAGCACAGACUCAGCAAUUCCUGCUAUCAGAUCCAAGACGAGUUCCUCUCUGUGACGCUCCCUGUGAUGUACUCCCUCAUCUUCAUCAUAGGGCUGCUCAGCAAUGCCCUGGCCCUCUGGGUGUUCUCAUGUGGUGUGCAGCGCAGGACCUCCAUCACCGUGUACAUGAAGAACCUGGCACUCUCUGACCUGCUGCUCUCCCUCUGCCUGCCGUUCCGCAUCACCUUUCAAAGCAAGAGCGAGCCUCUGAUCUUCUGCAACAUCAUCGGGGCCUUCUUCUACCUCAACAUGUACGUCAGCAUCACAUUCCUCAGCCUGAUCAGCCUCAACCGCUACCUGAAGAUCAUCUGGCCCCUGCAGAAAUUUAGGAUUCACACUAUAUCCUGUAGCACUAUGGCCUCUGGGGUGGUUUGGUUGGUGCACACAGCAUUCAUGCUGCCUUUCUUUUUUGAGACAAGAGGAAAGGGGCCCUGUGACCACAAAUGCUUCCACUUCAGGAGCAAAAGCACCACAGCAGCAGCUUUUAACAUGGUUGCAGUAGCUACUUUCUUCAUCCUGCUACUGCUCUUCCUCUACUUCUACAGCAAGAUAUUUGCCAAGCUCCACAGAGUGUCCUCAGUGAAAGCUCAGCAGCUGAACAAGAGGACCAGCAUGAGAGCCAUUGCCAAGACCUUCGUAGUCCUGAUCAUCUUUAUUGUAUGCUUCACUCCCUAUCACAUUGUCCGCAUUCCUUACAUCCUUGCGCAAGUGGGGGCCAUUUCUACUCUGCCCUGGAAGCAGGGUCUCCACCUCGCUAAUGAGCUUGUGCUCUGCAUCUCGGCCCUCAACAGCUGCCUUGACCCAGUCAUCUUCUUCUUCUUGUCCAGCAGCUUCCGGAGGGCUGUCCUCUGCACCAUCCGGGGCAGGCUGAAGAGAGCUCUUCUAAGGAACCAAGGGGGGCUAAGCCACAGCAGGUCUGUGACAGAGAUAUAGGCUUUCCAGUGGGCCCAAGGUCUCAGGCAUGGGACCUUCUCAUCAAGGAUUUGCUCUGACUGCUGGUAUUUACCAGCAAGACUUGCUGGGAAGAUGGAGAAAGAAACUGGAACCACUUCAUGUUUCUUCCACUGAUAUCACCAGGGCUUGAGCUUCCUUGAGGGGGGUAGAUGAAGAGGAAAGGAUAACUGGGACCUUACUUUUUCCUGCACCAGCUCUGCUGACACAGCUGAAGAACGUAUUUCCCAGGAAGAAUGAAGGCUGGAAGUGUCAAAGGAGAAACAGCCUUGGCCUAGGGUCUCCACCCAGCCUGGGGAAGGGCAGGUACAGAGCCCAGGACUGAGACAGGCUCCUUCAACGCGAGAAAGGGGAGCGAUGGGAGGAAUGAGAAUCUGCUGUGAAUGUUUCCUAAGUACCACAUCAUCUCCACACCAGAGAAAGCAGGAAAAGGGAAAGGGAGAUGAAGAGUGCAGAAGCAUUGGGAAGAGGGAGACACCCAUCAGAGCAUUACUUGGGGAGUGGGUGAGUAUUUUGCUCCAUGACGGAGCCCAGAAAUGUGCACUGCAGGGUUUGGAGGACAGGCAUGCCAGGAAACAUUGCAAACCUGUAACCCCAAACCAGGAUAAUGAUAACUUUUCCUCUCUUACCCAGAGUCUUUGUAACUCCAGGUUUUCUGUGUACUCAGACAGAUAGCUCCAGGCCUUCUUUAGCAAUUUUCCU